GUUGUUGUCAUCCCAGGCUAUGUUUCCAGCCAACAGCGAAUCCUGCGUCUUCCCUCUCUUCAUUGAUCUGAUCUGAUGCAUUAUGUGAUUAAAGAUAUGUUGAUGAGCGUGCCUUUUUAUUGGCAUAAAUCGACUAUCAUUACUUGGCUGUGAACCGUGGUGCUCAGUGAACGUAAAUAUCAAGGACCGAAAGGCAAUCUGACUUGACUGCUUGGGUUGCACUGUUGUGGGCUUGAAUGGGCUUGGAAUGCUUCAAGCGUCGCGCCCAUGUCGCCGUGGCGGGUCACAAUUUCGUAUUUACCCCACCUUCCCUUUUAGUUUCUAAGAUUGGAUCAUCUUGAUGAAGGUAAUGAGCAAAUCCCACGAGCGGUUAUGCUGUUAGCAUCGGAGUUUUGGUAGACCUCCCACCCGGAAGCUCUGGGCAUUCGAAGUAGACAGAGGUCUCUCUAUUCCCUGCACUUCUCCCCGUCCAAUCUGCACGUGCGCUGCGGGUACAUCCAGUCUACACAGUACCCUUUGCAAUGUCAACGUCUACGACUCACAACCAAACCCAUGAUGGCAACCUGAACGAUUCAGAAGAGAAGCAUACCUCCACAAAAUCACCUGUCGAUCAAGAUCGACGUCAAAAUGUUCAAAUUUCGAUGGAAACCAGUUCUUCGAGAGAUUCAAGUCCUCAACCCAAACAAAGUCUCAUCAAAGUUACAGGUCUCAUACUAACAUGUACGGCGGCAAUGGUUCUGAAUACUGCAAAUGCGACUGCUAUAUCGAUAGCACUACCUACGAUUGGCCGCGACCUAGGCAUUGUGGAGUACAAGCUGCAAUGGCUAGUUUCCGCGUACUCUCUAAGUUCUGGAUGCCUUCUGCUGUUUCUUGGGCGUGUGGCCGAUCUGUAUGGACGAAAACGGCUAUUCUUGCUUGGUAUUUUAGUCCAAGGUGCUUUUGGUCUUGGAUGCGCGUUCGCUAAAGACGAGAUCACUAUUGACGUCUUACGAGGUCUACAAGGUAUCGGAGGUGCUGCUAUUAUUCCAGCUGCUUUGGGUAUAUUAGCCCAUGCAUUCCCUCCUUCUCGACUCCGUGCCAUCGCAUUCUCGACUUUCGGAGCCGGAGCGCCCAUCGGGGCAUCCAUAGGUAACCUCAUUGGCGGUGUUCUGACUGAGUUGACCUCCCAAUCAUGGAGGUCUACACUCUAUAUGAUGACCGGUCUGAGCGCUCUUGCUUUCAUCGGUGGAUUGUUCACCAUUGACUCGGAUGUCCUUGACAUGAAUCAGGACAGACGUAUUGACUGGCUUGGCGCUUUGCUCGUCACUUCUGGCUUGGUUCUCAUUCUUUUCGUACUCGCUGAAGGGAGCAUUGCUCCACAAGGAUGGAGGACAGGGUACAUCAUUGCGCUCUUGAUUGUGGGUGUCUUCCUUGUAGGUGUUUUCAUAUACUGGCAGUAUUACCUCGAACGCGUCCGAUCUCGAUCCGACACCCCUGCCAGUUCGAGAUGGACACCGCCGCCAUUGAUGAAACUUUCUGUCUGGGGGUUGGCUAAGGGUCGGAUAGCAGUCAUGUUCUGGAUCGGAUUCCUUGAAUGGUUUAGCUUCAACUCCUUCUCAUUUUGGCUUCAGCUUUACUACCAAGAUUUCCUUGGUCUCUCACCAAUCCUUACAAUGAUCCGAAUUCUACCCAUGUUUGUCUCCGGAAUAAUAUGCAAUGGGAUCGUCGCUUUAGUUGUAGGUCAUGUAGACCUGAUGAUUCUCAUCGUGGUGGGAAUGGCCCUGACUGCUGUCGCCAAUCUUUUGUUUGCCGUUAUCGACGUUAACGCAGUGUAUUGGGCUUUCGGUUUCCCUGCUGCCAUCGUCGUUGUAUUUGGCGCAGAUUUCGUAAUGGCGGCCGGUUCACUCUUCGUGGCAAAAUUCAGUCCUCCCGAAGAUCAGAGUGUCAGUGGCGCGCUGCUCCAAACCAUGAUGCAGCUCGGAGGAGCAUUUGGUCUUGCUAUUACCACGAUUAUCUUUAAUGAGACCCUUACGAAACAAUCGGACGGGCUUGGGGUUACCGUCAAUCGGUCAGGAACAAAUGCCCCACGUACUGCACAAGAAUUGGCAUACAGGGCGGCCAUGUGGGGAGGCUUUGCGUUCGGCGCAUUUGGGGCACUUCUGGCUGUGUUCUUCCUACGAGGUGUUGGUGUGGUGGGUCAUCAAGAGUCACCCUCCGAAACAAGCUCGUCAGAUGAGACCCAGAUUGAGUCGUCGACUCAAGAGAAGUCUUGAUCGUUUGGAGUAGAACACACACAGAUCGGACACAUUUGCAUUUUCUACACUAUAGGAUGGAUCUUUGAUCAAGGCCUUCCCACUCACUAACUGGAUGGAUAGACUUCACACAUGUAAUUACUUCGGAUUUUGAAGACACGGAAAUCAUGCAU